AUGGUUCACACUCCCCUAAAGGUGGAAUUUCACAUCACUGCUCCAGACAUCAUGAUCCACCCUUUUAGGGUUUCUCCUCCAGUUACCCCAAACAUUCCCCAGGAAACUGGGAUCCUUCUGGAAAGAGAAGCUUGGAUGACAGUGCUUGCAUCAACGAAGGCGAAGGCUUUGAGGGCAGAAACAAGCUACGCCAGUGGGGAUGCAGGAUCCAUCUGCAAGUGCAACCAAGGCAAAGAUGGUAAGGAGAACAUCAUCCACAUGGUGAAGGCCCUUAUUAGCAAGGAAGUAACCCCAGGCAUAUUCUUUUCUUGGAAAGAAAGGAAAGAAGUGCUUCAAGGAACUAAAAUCUGCAAGUCGAAUACAGCUACAAGCGCUGAGAACUUUCGCAUCAAUGCGUUCACUUGGUUCAAACUUAGCAUUGCGACCGCUGCCUGUUACACGGAGCUGGUCCCCGUGUAUGUCAAGUGUACUGGCUUCCGGUGGUUCAGCAUCUUCAGAGAAGUACCUGAAAAGGAGGAGGAGCCUUCCUUUCUGGACCAGCCCCACAGUAGUUGUCCAAGGUCCACCCAGACGCCAGAGCUUGUCGAGACGGUGCGAGAGCUGGUGGAUGAAGACUGCCUAGUGACUACUCGAGAGCUGGAUGAGUGGCUCGACGUUGGCAAGAGCACUGACCACGAGGUGCUCACACAAGACCUGCAGCUGCGCAACGUGGCAUCAGUUUGG